AUGCCGAUGUUGGAUCAAUUUCAUCCGUUCAUACACAAUUUCAUUGAGAACAUUGUGGAUGUCAAAGCUAACUGUAACUUUGGAUAUCAUGCGAUUGCUACUUUAUUAGGUAUGGGUGAAGAUUCUUGGUCCUUGGUGCGCAACCAUUUGCUUAAAGAACUUGGCAAAUGGUCAAAUGAGUAUAUCAACCUCUUUGGUGGCACAGAGAGAUUCGAGGAAUUAAGAAGGUCCCUACUUGUUGAUGAAUUAUCCAUGGUUACUAUGGAUAAGUGGAUGGAUAUAACUGAGAUGAGAUAUGUCAUUGCAUCAAGGUAUAAUGUAAUCCUUGUAUCGUUGUCUCUGAAACAAAGCAUGACGUUCUUUCCUCUUAGAAGUCAACCACCAACAGAUUCUUCUGUGCUUCGCAAAAUAUGCAUUGGUCACAUCUAUGACAAUCAUUUUGUUCAGGUAGAUUCAAGAUAA